AUGAGUGGUUGGGAGUGUAGAGUUGGAGAUGAUGUUAUGAGUGGUUGGGAGUGUAGAGUUGGAGAUGAUGUUAUGAGUGGUUGUGAGUGUAGAGUUGGAGAUGAUGUUAUGAGUGGUUGGGAGUGUAGAGUUGGAGAUGAUGUUAUGAGUGGUUGGGAGUGUAGAGUUGGAGAUGAUGUUAUGAGUGGUUGGGAGUGUAGAGUUGGAGAUGAUGUUAUGAGUGGUUGUGAGUGUAGAGGUGGAGAUGAUGUUAUGAGUGGUUGUGAGUGUAGAGGUGGAGAUGAUGUUAUGAGUGGUUGUGAGUAUAGAGUUGGAGAUGAUGUUAUGAGUGGUUGUGAGUGUAGAGUUGGAGAUGAUGUUAUGAGUGGUUACGAGUGUAGAGUUGGAGAUGAUAUUAUGAGUGGUUGUGAGUGUAAAGUUGGAGAUGAUGUUAUGAGUGGUUGUGAGUGUAGAGUUGGAGAUGAUGUUAUGAGUGUUUGGGAGUGUAGAGUUGGAGAUGAUGUUAUGAGUGGUUGUGAGUGUAGAGUUGGAGAUGAUGUUAUGAGUGUUUGGGAGUGUAGAGUUGGAGAUGAUAUUAUGAGUGGUUGGGAGUGUGAGGUGGAGAUGAUAUUAUGA